AUGGCUGUCAGGAACUCCAGUCUCGCCUCUUCUCGCCGCAAGUCGCGCGCCGCCCACUUCAACGCCCCCUCCAGCGAGCGCCGCGUUAUCCUCUCUGCUCCUCUCUCGAGCGAGCUCCGCGCCAAGUACAAUGUCCGCUCCAUGCCCAUCCGCAAGGACGACGAGGUCAUGGUCGUCCGUGGCAGCAACAAGGGCCGUGAGGGCAAGGUCACCAGCGUCUACCGCCUGAAGUGGGCCAUCCACGUCGAGCGCAUCAGCCGCGACAAGAGCAACGGCCAGAGCGUCCCCAUCCCCCUCCACCCCUCCAACGUCGUCAUCAAGAAGCUCCACCUCGACAAGGACCGUGAGGCCAUCCUUGAGCGUGUUGGCAAGGGUCGUGAGGCCGUCAAGGCCAAGUCCGCUUAA